UCCUCGGCCGGCGGCGCUCCUAAGGACGGGCGCUGUCAUGGCGGCAGACGGCGGCAGCGUCGGCAGGAAGCGAUGAGGCUGAGUGAGAGUCCGGCGUGCGGUUGAAACUUCGGCAGCUUUCCGGGGAGAGCGGCUGGCGGUGCUCCGCGGCCGCCGCCUCCGUACCUCUCCGCGCCGGAUCAGAGCAGCCCGCUCCCCCUGCGCGGGCGCGGCGGCUGAGCUACCGCCGCUGACAGCCGCCUCCCGCGAGGAGAGCGCUGCCGGAUAGCCUUCCCCGGCCCGGGCUGCGUCUUCCUCUUGCUCCGCCGCACGGAGGGCACCGGCCAUGGCGAGCGACGGCAGACAAGUUGUGAGGCCAACAGGUGAUGGUGGAGGAGGAGCGGGGAAAGAAGGAAACGCCGCCGAAGGGGGAAGCGUACUGCAGCCUCUGAAUCCAGGGGUCCCUAUCCGAGGCAUCAGGAUGAAGUUUGCUGUGCUGGGAGGGCUGGUGGAGGUUGGUGAGGUGUCGAACAGAGACAUCGUGGAAACGGUAUUCAAUCUGCUUGUUGGAGGCCAAUUUGACUUGGAAAUGAACUUUAUCAUCCAAGAAGGAGAGGGCAUUACUUGCAUGGUAGAAUUGCUGGAUAAAUGUGACAUCUCCUGUCAGGCUGAGGUGUGGAGCAUGUUUACAGCUAUCUUGAAAAAAAGUAUACGCAAUCUACAAGCGUGCACAGAAGUGGGACUGGUUGAACAAGUGCUCAAGAGGAUUGAUAGAGCUGACAACAUGAUUGCAGAUCUCUUAGUGGAUAUGCUGGGUGUGUUGGCUAGCUACAACUUGACCGUUCGAGAGCUAAAGUUAUUCUUCAGCAAGCUUCAAGGAGAAAAAGGGAGAUGGCCACCACACGCUGGGAAAUUGUUGUCUGUGUUAAAACACAUGCCUCAGAAGUAUGGACCUGAUGCCUUCUUCAACUUUCCGGGGAAAAGUGCUGCAGCCAUUGCCUUACCUCCUAUAGCCAAGUGGCCCUAUCAGAAUGGAUUUACUUUUCACACUUGGUUAAGAAUGGAUCCUGUAAACAAUAUCAAUGUGGAUAAGGAUAAGCCAUAUUUAUAUUGUUUUCGAACGAACAAAGGACUUGGCUAUUCUGCUCACUUUGUUGGUGGCUGCUUGAUUGUAACGUCCAUAAAAUCAAAGGGAAAAGGUUUUCAGCAUUGCGUAAAAUUUGAUUUCAAGCCACAGAAGUGGUAUAUGGUUACUAUUGUGCACAUCUAUAAUCGCUGGAAGAAUAGUGAACUUCGAUGCUAUGUGAAUGGGGAACUGGCAUCUUAUGGAGAAAUAACAUGGUUCGUCAACACCAAUGAUACUUUUGACAAAUGUUUCCUGGGUUCCUCAGAAACAGCAGAUGCCAAUCGAGUGUUUUGUGGGCAAAUGACAUCCGUUUACCUUUUCAGUGAGGCUCUCAAUGCUGCUCAAAUCUUUGCCAUUUAUCAGCUUGGUCUGGGAUACAAGGGAACAUUCAAAUUCAAGGCAGAAAGUGAUCUCUUCCUCGAUGAACAUCACAGAUUGUUGCUGUAUGAUGGCAAACUAUCCAGUGCUAUUGCUUUUAUGUAUAAUCCAAGGGCUACAGAUGCACAGCUCUGUCUAGAGUCAUCCCCUAAAGAUAACCCUUCUAUUUUUGUUCAUUCACCACAUGCCCUCAUGCUGCAGGAUGUGAAAGCAGUCUUGACACAUUCUGUCCAGAGUGCCUUGCAUUCCAUUGGAGGAGUGCAGGUACUUUUUCCUCUCUUUGCACAGCUAGACUAUAGGCAAUAUUCAUCGGACCACAUUGACACAACUGUUUGUUCAACUCUGUUGGCUUUUAUUAUGGAGUUGUUGAAGAACUCGAUUGCUAUGCAAGAUCAAAUGCUUUCCUGUAAGGGCUUCCUUGUGAUAGGAUAUAGCUUGGAAAAGUCUUCCAAAGCUCAUGUUACCCGAGCUGUACUAGAGCUAUGCCUUGCUUUUUCUAAGUACCUGAGCAACUUGCACAAUGGAGCGCCCUUGCUGAAACAGCUAUGUGAUCAUAUUCUCCUUAAUCCUGCAAUAUGGAUUCAUAUCCCAGCACAGGUUCAGCUGAUCCUGUACACUUACUUGUCUACUGAGUUCAUUGGCACUGUUAACAUAUAUGGUGCAAUUAGACGGGUUGGAACAGUUCUUUUGGUCAUGCAUACCCUGAAGUAUUAUUACUGGGUAGUGAAUCCUCAAGAUCGCAGUGGUAUAACUCCCAAAGGCAUAGAUGGGCCUCGGCCUACGCAAAAAGAGACUUUAUCUCUGCGUGCGUUUUUGUUGAUGUUCAUUAAACAGCUAGUGAUGAAGGACUAUGGAGUAAAAGAAGAAGAAUUGCAGGCAAUCCUCAAUUAUCUGCUCACUAUUCAUGAGGAUGACAAUCUAAUGGAUGUCCUGCAGUUGCUUGUUGCUCUCAUGUCAGAGCACCCAAGUUCGAUGAUCCCUGCUUUUGAUCAGAGGAAUGGAUUACAGGUCAUCUACAAACUUUUAGCAUCAAAAAGCGAAGGCAUCAGGGUGCAAGCUCUGAAAGUGAUGGGAUAUUUCUUAAAGCAUCUUCCUCCAAAGAGAAAAGCUGAGAUCAUGCUUGGACAUGGAUUGUUUUCUUUGCUGGCUGAAAGGCUGAUGCUUCAUACAAACCUGAUCACCAUGACCACAUACAAUGUCUUAUUUGAGAUUCUGACUGAACAGAUUUGUACCCAGGUGAUACAUAAACAACAUCCUGACCCAGAUUCAACGGUGAAGAUACAAAAUCCUCAGAUUUUGAAGGUUAUUGCCAUCCUGCUACGUAAUUCUCCCCAGAGUCCAGAAACAUUGGAGAUUCGGCGAGCCUUUCUCUCAGAUAUGAUUAAACUUUUUAAUAACAGCAGAGAAAAUAGAAGGAGUUUGUUGCAAUGCUCCGUUUGGCAGGAGUGGAUGCUUUCUCUUUGCUGUUUUAAUCCCAAGACUUCGGAGGAGCAGAAGAUAACUGAGAUGGUGUAUACUGUUUUUCGAAUUUUGCUUUACCAUGCUAUCAAGUAUGAGUGGGGUGGCUGGCGUGUUUGGGUGGAUACACUGUCCAUCACACAUUCUAAGGUAACCUUUGAAAUGCACAAAGAAAGUCUUUCUCAAAUGUACAGGGAAUACCAAGAGAAGGGAGGUGAAGAGAGUGUAACAUGUCCUUCAGCUCCAAUUAGAACAAUUUCUGGAGUUGGCCAAGGAGCUGAAAUUGUGGGAAAGAAGCAGUGUUUGGAAUUAAAAGAAGCUGCUACUGCUCCUCCCUCCCGUGAUGAUAUGGAGUCCGGUACUGAAAAAAAUGAGUCAGAAGGUGAGCAGCAAACUCCUUCAGUCUCUGAGCAAAGGAAUGACUUCAAGGAUGAGGACAGGGAAACUAUGCAGGAUCUAAAAGCAGUGCCUUGUUCAGAGCUUUCUCCAGAGCCUGAAGCAAUAAAACCCAGUGUUUCUGAAAUUAGUAGUGGAAUAGCUGAAGCAAUUGAAGAUUCUCAGAGCAGAGUUCAUGAGCUUGUGGAGGAAACAGCUGCUGUUACUGCAGCUUCUUUGGUAAUGGAAACUUCUUCGGAAGGAGAAAGUCCAGGAAUGGAAAGGUCAGCAGUGGAAGUAGAAGACGAUGAUGACUUUGUUGAUUUGAAAGAGGAGAGUGGUAUGCCUUUACCUUCAGAAGAGUUUGCAGAAACAGACAGAAAGCAUAGCUCUAAUGAAAAUGGAGAGACAAAGCAGGAAAAGGCAAUACAACAGGAACUUGAAUCUGUGCUUUUAAAAUCUGAAGAUACUGGAGGUGUGGAUGGGCAAAACAAAGAGCUGGCUUUAUCAGAAACAGUCAGUUCUGCAGCUGAAGUAGUGACUCAACUGAAUUCAGAAGGGGAGAAGAAGCUGGAGGAAGAAAAGGUGCUUUACAGUGAAACGAGAACAGCUGAAGAUACCAAUGCACAUGUACCAGAGCAUGCAGGAUGCUCUGAAAAAAGAAUUGCCAGGCUUGAUGUUUCUAGUGUUGCAUCUGAUACAGAAAGACUGGAACUGAAAGCCCAUACACGUCUCGAAGCACCUCUACCCCCCAGAUCUCUACCUGAGAUGUCAAGGCAGCAAGAUUCUUCAGGACAAGAGCUAGCUCCUACAUCAGAUGGGCAGAGAAGAGACUCUAGAUCAACUGUGUUCCGUAUUCCUGAGUUUAAGUGGUCUCUGAUGCAUCAGCGCUUGCUUACAGACUUGCUCUUUUCAAUUGAAACAGAUAUACAGAUGUGGAGAAGUCAUUCUACAAAAACUGUGAUGGACUUUGUGAAUAGCAGUGACAAUGUCGUAUUUGUACACAAUACCAUUCACCUCAUCUCUCAAGUGGUGGACAACAUGAUCAUGGCUUGUGGUGGCAUAUUGCCACUGCUUUCUGCUGCCACAUCUGCUACUCAUGAAUUGGAGAACAUUGAGGCAACUCAAGGACUCUCGGUAGAAGCUUCUUUAACAUUUCUCCAGAGAUUAAUUAACCUUGUAGACGUGUUAAUUUUUGCAAGCUCUCUUGGUUUCACUGAAAUUGAGUCUGAGAAAAAUAUGUCAUCUGGAGGAAUUCUACGACAAUGUCUUCGUCUGGUGUGUGCCAUAGCAGUAAGAAAUUGCUUGGAGUGUCAGCAACAUGCACAGUUGAAGCCAAUUGGAGACCUCACAAAGAACCAAAAAACAGUGCAGGGGUUUAUAGGAGCAGGCAAGUCUGCAGCGAAGAGUCCAGUGGACAUUGUGACUGGUGGAAUUUCUCCAAUACGAGACCUUGACAGACUUCUGCAGGACAUGGAUAUUAAUAGACUUCGAGCAGUAGUGUUCAGAGAUAUAGAGGAUAGUAAACAGGCUCAGUUCUUGGCUUUGGCAGUUGUAUAUUUUAUUUCUGUACUCAUGGUUUCAAAAUACAGAGAUAUUCUGGAACCCCAGAAUGAAAGAAGACCACCAACCCACAGUCAGUCAUUGAAGGAAUCAGGGAAUGAAAAUAAUGGAACUUCUGCUGCAGAUGUGGAACAUCCGUCUGCUGCUCUUGGUGCUUUAACUUCGGCUUCUGCUGAAGAUUCAGACUGUACAGCAUCUGUACAAAGAAGGGACUCUGGUCUUGGGGAGGAACCAGCUUCAGAGCAAACAAACAGUUCGGGCGGUGUUGCUGAGGCAGAAGCUCUGAGUGUCAGUGCAGGUCCAGAUGCUGUCAGUGAAGUACUUUGCACCCUGUCCUUAGAAGUAAAUAAGUCUCAGGAGGACAGAGGUGAGACUGGACCAGAGGACAGUAAGCCUUCAGCUUCUGUGCCAGCUGCAAAAAAUGUUAAUGUAAAGGACAUUCUGAGAAGCUUAGUAAGCACACCAGCUGAUGGGACUGCAGUUGAUCCUGCUCUUCUGCCACCUGCCUUUCUUGGAGUUCUUGGUGAUGGAGCUGCUGAGCAGCCCGUACAGUUCCAUUCUUUUGACAGGAGUGUUGUAGUACCACCCAAGAAAUCAAACAUUUCCGCUACUACAGCUCCUGUGGGUAUUCCUGCAAAUGCUGUCAGUGUGGUUUCUUUAGAUUCGGCACAAGCUUCAGAUUUGUCAGCUGAAUCUCCUGGAAGGCGUUCAUCUAAUUCAAAACUGCCGUCUGUCCCUACAGUUUCUUCAGUGCCUGAGGAUUCUGCUUCAAAUAUGAGUAUUACAGACAGACUUGAACAUGCUUUGGAAAAAGCUGCCCCACUUCUGAGAGAGAUUUUCGUGGAUUUUGCUCCGUUCCUUUCUCGAACUCUUUUGGGCAGCCAUGGGCAGGAGUUGCUGAUAGAAGGUACAAGCCUCGUGUGUAUGAAAUCUAGCAGUUCAGUUGUGGAGCUGGUGAUGCUUCUUUGCUCACAGGAGUGGCAGAACUCUAUACAAAAGAAUGCUGGUCUUGCCUUUAUAGAGCUAGUCAAUGAAGGAAGGUUGUUGAGUCAAACUAUGAAGGACCAUUUGGUCAGAGUGGCUAAUGAAGCAGAAUUUAUCUUGAGCAGACAGAGGGCAGAAGAUAUUAACCGACAUGCUGAAUUUGAGUCACUGUGUGCCCAGUACUCUGCUGACAAACGGGAAGAAGAAAAAAUGUGCCAUCAUUUGAUAACAGCAGCUAAGUACCGAGACCAAGUGACUGCAACUCAGCUAAUACAGAAAAUUGUCAACAUUCUUACAGACAAGCAUGGAGCCUGGGGAAGCUCUGCGCCAAGUCGUCCUCGUGAGUUCUGGCGCCUUGACUACUGGGAAGAUGACUUGCGGCGCCGGCGACGAUUUGUGCGUAACCCCCUCGGAUCGACACAUCCUGAAGCGACACUAAAAGCAGCCGGAGAACAUGCUCCCGAUGAAGAUAUACUUGUUAAAGGAAAGCAGUCUAUCAAGAGCCAAGCCUUAGGAAAUCAGAACUCAGAAAGUGAGAUUCUCUUGGAAGGCGACGAUGAUAUCACGUCAUUCAUUGAGGAGAGAGAAGUGGAGAACCUAACAGGUCCAGUUGCCCUGAGCACGCCAGCUCAGCUGGUGGCACCCUCGGUGGUGGUGAAAGGCACUCUGUCCAUCACUCUUUCCGAGCUCUACUUCGAGGUGGAUGAAGAAGAUCCCAGUUUUAAGAAAAUCGACCCGAAGAUUCUGGCAUAUACAGAAGGACUCCAUGGCAAAUGGCUUUUUUCAGAGAUUCGAGCUAUCUUUUCCCGACGCUAUCUUCUACAAAAUACAGCGCUGGAGAUAUUCAUGGCAAAUAGAGUGGGUGUCAUGUUCAACUUUCCUGAUCAAGCAACAGUAAAGAAAGUGGUUAACUGUCUCCCUCGGGUUGGUAUUGGGGCUACCUUUGGACUACCUCAGACCAGACGCAUUUCUUUGGCUAGUCCUCGACAGAUUUUCAAAGCUUCCCAUAUGACCCAGCGGUGGCAACACCGAGAAAUUUCCAAUUUUGAAUACCUGAUGUUUCUAAACACAAUAGCAGGUCGCACUUACAAUGAUUUAAAUCAGUACCCUAUUUUCCCUUGGGUUCUUACCAACUAUGAAUCAGAUGAGUUGGACCUUACACUUCCUAGCAACUUCAGAGAUUUGUCAAAGCCUAUUGGAGCUUUGAACCCAAAGAGAGCAGCGUUCUUUGCUGAGAGAUAUGAAUCAUGGGAAGAUGAUCAAGUUCCAAAGUUUCACUACGGUACACAUUACUCAACCGCAAGUUUUGCACUCGCGUGGUUAUUAAGAAUUGAACCCUUUACAACACUUUUCCUAAAUCUACAAGGUGGGAAGUUUGAUCAUGCAGAUAGAACCUUUUCAUCUAUUUCUAGAGCGUGGCGCAACAGUCAGCGUGACACUUCUGAUAUCAAGGAAUUGAUUCCUGAAUUCUAUUACCUCCCAGAGAUAUUUGUCAACAGCAACAAUUACAAUCUAGGAGUGAUGGAUGAUGGAACAGUUGUGUCUGACGUUGAACUUCCACCGUGGGCCAAAACCCCAGAAGAAUUUGUUCGCAUAAACAGACUGGCGUUAGAAAGUGAGUUUGUUUCCUGCCAGCUUCACCAGUGGAUUGAUCUAAUUUUUGGCUACAAGCAGCAAGGGCCAGAGGCUGCCAGAUCCCUGAAUGUGUUCUACUAUUUGACAUAUGAAGGAGCUGUUAAUUUAAAUUCAAUAACGGAUCCUGUAUUGAGAGAGGCUGUUGAAGCUCAAAUACGAAGUUUUGGACAGACCCCUUCCCAACUGCUCAUAGAACCACAUCCUCCAAGAAGUUCUGCAAUGCAGGUGUAUCUCCUCCUGCAGAGCCCGCUGAUGUUCACAGACCAAGCUCAACAGGAUGUUAUCAUGGUUCUAAAGUUCCCAUCCAACUCCCCUGUCACUCAUGUAGCAGCCAACACACAGCCUGGUCUGACCAAUCCUGCUGUGAUCACAGUUACUGCCAAUAGGCUAUUUGCUGUAAAUAAGUGGCAUAACCUUCCUGCUCAUCAAGGUGCUGUACAAGACCAGCCUUACCAGCUGCCAGUGGAAAUCGAUCCUCUCAUAGCCAGCAAUACAGGUAUGCACAGAAGGCAAAUCACUGACCUUUUAGACCAAAGCAUUCAGGUACAUUCCCAGUGUUUUGUGAUCACCUCUGACAAUCGUUAUAUCUUGGUUUGUGGCUUCUGGGACAAGAGUUUCCGAGUUUAUUCUACCGAUUCAGGUAAACUGAUGCAAGUAGUAUUUGGACACUGGGAUGUUGUCACCUGUCUUGCUCGUUCUGAGUCGUAUAUUGGAGGAAAUUGUUACAUUCUGUCAGGGUCUCGUGAUGCAACAUUGCUGCUCUGGUACUGGAAUGGCAAAACCAAUAUCGUUGGUGAUAAUCCAAGAGGUGAUUUCGCAACUCCUCGAGCCAUUUUGACAGGACAUGACUAUGAGAUCACCUGUGCUACCAUUUGUGCUGAACUUGGCUUAGUAAUAAGUGGUUCAAAAGAAGGACCAUGUCUCAUACAUUCUAUGAAUGGAGAUUUGCUAAGGACGUUAGAAGGUCCUGAAACACUAGAAGGUCCUGAAAAUUGCCUGAGACCAAAACUUAUUCAAGCUUCAAGGGAAGGCCAAUGUGUCAUAUAUUAUGAAAAUGGCCUUUUUUGUGUAUUCAGUGUGAAUGGGAGACUUCAAGCCACUAUGGAAACAGAUGACAAGAUCAAGGCAAUUCAGCUGAGUAGAGAUGGACAGUAUCUGCUUACGGGUGGAGACAACGGAGUUGUCAUGAUAUGGCAGAUGUGGGACCUGAAGAAGCUUUUUGCUUACCCAGGCUGUGACGCUGGAAUCCGAUCCAUGGCCCUGUCAUAUGACCAAAGGUGCAUACUGACUGGGAUGGCAUCGGGGAGCAUAGUGGUUUUCUACAAUGACUUCAAUCGUUGGCAUCAUGAAUAUCAAACCAGAUACUGAUCUUCGCGGAGACCACAGCACUGAUGUGGGUGGCUGUUGUCAGAAUGAGACUGACCAUAGCACGCCUCCCUUGGUGUCCUGUCACAGCAUGGCUCCUUAUAAAUAGCUAUAUCCUAUCUGAAUGUAACUUAAAUUUGCUGGGAGAAGCAACCUAUUUUUUAAAGUUAAUCGCUAUUUUUGUAGACUUUGCUUGACUUUUUGGGGGAAGGGCAGUGAAGCAGAAAAAUGGCUGCUGGGUUCUGUAGUUAAAAAUCUAUAUUUUUAGUCAUAAUGAGAAGUCUAUUUUGAUCCCAGUAUGAAAAAGAAACUUAAAGUCAGUUAAAACUUAUGCUCUAGCUGUGUCGUGAAGAAACAGAUUUUUCCACCUGAAGCUUUAUCUAUAACUUUGAAGAAUAUAUGAUUUUAACAUAAUGGAAAUGAAUUACGUUUGGGGAGUUUUAAUCUGUACUAUCGAUACUAUACUUUGUCUUGUACUUUUCCAAAUGAUUGUACUACAUCAGCACUGACAUUUCUGAAAAUCAGAAGUAAUAUUUAAAUUAUGGUUAACGUAACGUUAAACUUUGCAAAUGGUUUCCAUCAAUGUUAAUAUUCAGGCAUGCUCCUAGGCCUAGACAAUUAGUUCUUUUUUAGUCGUAUGUUAAUGUGCAGUUAAGAGAGCAGCGGAGUUUGUGUUGCAUCGAGUGUGAAUCCUUCCAGUUUUCACCUGACAUCUCCUUCAAAGCACACCAAAAUGUAGAUUGUUCCUCAAAAUCAGGAAGGCUAUUUGAAAGCCUUAAGCUCAAAUCAGAAACCUGCAGAAGCAGGGUUUAUUUUGUGUGUGUUUUUGUUAUUGUUUUUUAAAUAGGUGCAUUUACCAAAGCACACUUCUGCUGUCUGACUGUGAAAGCACUAGAAAGGCAAAUGUUUGCUGGUGCACAGCCUCUCUACAGCAGCAGAAGCACUAGACUUGCAGGUUGCUUUCUUGUUUGUCCAGAACUGACCCCUGCAAUACUGUAGCACACACCUUGUUCCUUUUCUGUAUAUGGCAGGAACAUCUUUUAUAUUUUGCUAUCACCAAAACUAGUCAGGUCCUGUCCAAUCUUGUGAAAUUCUCUCUUUCUUUUAGGAAAUGAAAAAUAAUUUAUAUUAAGGAACAAUAAGUUAUUUUGGUGUUGCACAAGUCUACUUUUCUACAAGAUUGCUGUGCAGAACUCUGUGAAAAUAUUUGUGAAAAGAACUGUUAUUGUUUUGUAAGUCUGUAUUGCAUAAAAAUAUCUUAUUUGUAUGUUGUGAUCUAUCAGUUGAAAUUUACAUUCCCUAUCUAUAUUGAUACCUACAUUUCUCUAGCUGCCUACUACAGCAAUUCCUGUUUUUCUAAGCAUUUAGCUACUAUCUCUUUAAGUAAAGAUUUGGAAUGAGAAAAUUCAUUUUGAGUGAAGAAAUUAAAUAAAAUUGCAUUUGUAAUUGA